CCCGGGGCAGGGAUUGGCCCAGCUCGGGUCAAGCCGCACGGGGCCAGAGCUGCCCUGCGCUGUGCUUGUGUCCCGGGGUCGGUUCGGCUCGGUUCGUCCUCGCUCGGCCCCGUGCGGGCCUGCUCCGCGCCGCUCGCCUCGCACUGCCUUUGUUCCGUUCGGCUCAGUUCGGCCAUGCACUGGGCUGCGCUGCUGGCUGUGGCCGCGCUCCUGGGUCCCGCCGCUGCUUGGGCCCCCUCCGCAGAAGAGGAGCUGCACUUCAAGGUCUGGAUGCUCCAGAACAACAGGCAGUAUGGCCCCGACGAGUACCCCCGCAGGCUGCGCAUCUUCCUGGACAACAAGAGGCAGAUCGAGGAGCACAACGCGGGCAACCACAGCUUUCAGAUGAGCCUGAACCAGUUCUCGGACCUGACCUUUGCCGAGUUCAAGAAGCUGUAUCUGUGGAGUGAGCCCCAGAACUGCUCAGCCACGAAGGGGAACUUCCUGCGCAGCUCUGGGCCCUACCCCGACACCAUCGACUGGAGGAAGAAAGGAAAUUUUGUGACACCCGUGAAAAACCAGGGUGCUUGUGGGAGCUGCUGGACCUUUUCCACCACGGGGUGUUUGGAGUCUGCUAUCGCCAUUGCCACAGGAAAGCUCCUCUCUCUGGCAGAGCAGCAGCUGGUUGAUUGUGCCCAGGCUUUUAACAACCACGGCUGCAGUGGGGGCCUGCCGAGCCAAGCCUUUGAGUACAUCCUGUACAACAAAGGGCUGAUGGGGGAGGACAGCUACCCGUACCGGGCCAAGAAUGGCACUUGCAAGUUCCAGCCUGAGAAGGCCAUUGCCUUUGUCAAGGAUGUUGUCAACAUCACACAGUAUGACGAGGAUGGGAUGGUGGAAGCCGUGGGGAAGCACAACCCAGUGAGCUUUGCCUUUGAGGUGACGAGUAACUUCAUGCACUACAGAAGAGGGGUCUACUCAAACCCACGAUGCCAGCAUACUCCUGACAAGGUGAACCACGCUGUCCUCGCCGUGGGCUAUGGAGAAGAAAAUGGGACUCCCUACUGGAUUGUGAAGAACUCCUGGGGCCCUCUGUGGGGCAUGGAUGGGUACUUCCUUAUUGAACGUGGCAAGAACAUGUGUGGGCUUGCUGCUUGUGCAUCUUACCCAGUCCCUCAGGUGUAAGAGGAGAGAGCACGAGCUGGGGACAGCAGGCAGAGGAAAAGGAGCAGCUGCAGGUGUAGGAGAUCCUGCAUGGUGAAAUCAAGGCAGUGAUGCAAUACCAGCCAAGGUGAGAUAAGAGUCUGCUGGAAGUUGUUGCCUGCAGGUGGAUUCCUGGGGUGGCAGCAGCUUCUUGCAGGCAGAAGACCCAGACCUGUGCCUCCCCUCCCUGUGUUCCUGCACUGAGCACCAGGCUCCUGCCUUCUCCUACUGCAAUGAGCUUCUUCACCCUGUCCUGAGGCCCUGCUGCUGAGGGGCCACUCAGGGGAAACACCACAAUUUGAGGACACUGCCCCAACAAAGCUGAGCUCUCCCCUCAGGCGGCUGCUUUCCAGCUGUAACUUCUAGGGAUAUCUUGAAUUGACUUUGAAGGAGAUUUUUUCCCCCCCUUUCUCUAGAGGGAGAGGAAAGCUGUGAUUUUUAUCUAUUUUCAUUAAUUUUAAAGUGCAUUUUUUAUUAAGAAAUAAGGUAUUUUAAUGAAGAAAUAACAGAAGAACAAUGAAUUUUCUUUUAUGACCCAAUGAAGAAAGCAGGAAGCUCGAUGCUAACAACUGCCACGGUGAGAGCAGCCCAGGUGGCAGGAGGGGACACCUCUGCUGUGUGUUACUUCAUGCUGAAUGAAGGUUACUGCAUCAAUAAAGCUGACUUUGUCACCAG